AAUUGGUACGCACGAAGCGGUUUGCCCGAGUCCGCUUCGAAAACAUUGAACCCGGUCGAAUGGAGGGGGUAUAAUCUUCCAGCAGAAGUUCCCGCCAGCAUUUCAUUCCUCAUCCCGUCUCUUUCGCUGGAAGAAGCCAAAAAUAGGGGUUUGUUUUGGGCCAAGGUUUCUACUCUGGUACCGCGAUUCUCAGUCUAAAAGUUUGAAUAGAGGUAAAGGGUAGAAGAAAAAUUGGAAGUCAGGCUGGAACGAGAAUUAUCAAUGGAGGACGCCAAUGAUACACUCCGGGUGCUCAUUGCAACUGAUUGUCAUCUGGGAUAUAUGGAGAAAGAUGAAAUUCGUAGGUUCGAUUCAUUUGAGUCUUUUGAUGAGAUCUGCUCGAUAGCUGAGCAAAAACAGGUAGAUUUUUUGCUCCUUGGCGGUGAUCUCUUUCAUGAGAACAAGCCUUCCAGAUCAACUUUGGUAAAGGCCAUUGAAAUUCUGAGACGCUACUGCCUCAAUGACCGACCAGUACCGUUCCAAGUUGUCAGUGAUCAGACUGUGAACUUCCCAAACAAAUUUGGUCAUGUGAACUAUGAGGACCCCCAUUUCAAUGUUGGCCUACCUGUUUUUACUAUUCAUGGAAAUCAUGAUGAUCCUGCUGGAGUGGAUAACCUUUCUUCCAUUGAUAUCCUCUCUGCGUGCAAUCUUGUGAAUUAUUUUGGCAAAAUGGCCCUUGGUGGCUCUGGUGUUGGUCAGAUAACACUCUAUCCUAUACUUAUCAGGAAGGGUGCGACCGCAGUGGCGUUGUAUGGCCUUGGGAACAUAAGAGAUGAGAGGCUAAACAGAAUGUUUCAGACACCACAUGCAGUACAGUGGAUGCGGCCUGAAGCUCAAGAUGAAUGUUCUGUCUCAGAUUGGUUUAACAUUCUGGUUCUUCAUCAGAAUAGGGUCAAGACAAAUCCGAAAAAUGCUAUUAAUGAGCAUUUCCUGCCAAGAUUUCUUGAUUUUAUAGUGUGGGGGCAUGAACAUGAAUGCCUUGUCGACCCACAGGAAGUUGCAGGGAUGGGCUUUCAUAUCACUCAACCAGGAUCAUCUGUUGCAACUUCAUUGAUUGAUGGGGAAGCAAAGCCUAAACAUGUACUUCUCUUGGAAAUUAAGGGCAGUCAAUAUAGACCUACGAAAAUACCUCUCAAGUCAGUGAGACCUUUUGAGUAUAUGGAGGUUGUGUUAAAGGAUGAACCCGACAUAGAUCCCAAUGACCAAGCGUCUGUUCUGGAACAUCUAGACAAAGUUGUGGGAAAUCUGAUCGAAAAAAGUAGGAAAACAACUGUCAGCAAGUCAGAAUUGAAGCUUCCGUUGAUCAGAAUAAAGGUUGACUACUCUGGAUUCAUGACUAUAAACCCUCAAAGAUUUGGCCAGAAGUAUGUUGGAAAGGUAGCCAAUCCACAGGACAUCCUCAUUUUCUCAAAGGCUGCAAAGAAACGACAAUCUCUUGAAGAUAAACUUGGCGAUUCUGAGAGGCUUCGUCCAGAGGAGUUAAAUCAACAAAAUAUUGAGGCUCUAGUUGCAGAAAGUAAUUUGAAAAUGGAGAUACUUCCUGUUAAUGAUUUGGAUAUAGCACUUCAUGAGUUUGUUAAUAAAGAUGAUAAGAUGGCUUUUUACUCUUGUUUGCAGUACAAUCUUGAGGAGACGAGAAAUAAGUUAAACAAAGAAGCAGAUAGCUUAAAGAUUGAAGAGGAAGAGCUAAUAGUCAAAGUUGGUGAAUGCAUGCAGGAACGCGUAAAGGAAAGAACGUCACACCCUAAGGAAACAAUGAGAAUCACAUCCAACUCACAAGAUCUACAGGGCUUUAGAGGCAAAAAUACAGUAGGUGCUAUCAGUACAAAUUCCUUUAGUGACGAUGAAGAUUCCAGGCAGUUGCUUUCAACUUCAAAGCCUGCUGGCCGAGGAAGAAAAGGAGCUGGGGCAUCUAAAGCCUCUCAAGAUGCAUCUAACCUCAGUAGAAGUGGAGCUUCUAAGAGAGGCAGGGGAAGAGGCUCUGGUGGCUUAAAGCAGACGACCCUUGAUGCAGCUAUGGGAAUGCGCCAUUCUGAGAGAUCAGCUUCUGUCUCUGCAUCAGCUGCAGUUAGAAGCAUUGCGGAGGAAGAAGUACAAUCUCCUUCAAGCGAGGAGACAGAGAAAUUUGAAGCAAAUGAAGUUGCUGACAAUUCUGAUCUCGAAGAAACUGGUCGAGGGAAGGGGCGAAAAAGAGCUGCUCCUAGAGGAAGAGGUAGAGGCACGUCUACUGCAAAGAGGGGGAAAAAGUCAGAUAUGUCUUCCAUCCAUAGUAUGUUCAUGAGCAAGGACAAUGAUGACGACGAUGACGAUGAUGAGAAUGCCAAUAGAUUAAAGAAAGCCCAGACUCGGGUAACAAGGAACUAUGGUGCGAUCCGAAAGAGAUGAUUGUUCUCAAGCUCACAAAAUCGAAGGAUAUUUCAUUGUUGAGGUUCAAACCAGUAUAAUGCGCUCUCAAAGGGGUAGGGUGGAGAUCUUGAGUCACUAUUUUGCCCUCCUGUAGUAAAUGUGAAGUAUUCCUUGUAUAUUAAUUUCUAUGCCAAAAACUUAAGGAGAUAAGCUUUUAUUGGCCUAAGAUUUUGUCUUCACUGUAUGCACUGAUUAUUUUCUCAUUAGUGAAAGAUGGAAACUUUAUUUUCACUUCA